UCAGCACUCGACGAUUCGACUGUGUUCAUCUCAGACGCAUUGUACGCAACCGCUCGCAGCGCCCUGGCACAUUCAGUCUCGUGUAGGAGCCCUUAGAAGCUACUUGUCACCUUUUUUUCCCCCCCAAACCGAGAGAGAGAGAGAGCGUGCGAGAGAAGGAACUACAGAGUUAGACGUACACGCUGAGAAAAAGAGAGAGAGAGAAAAGAAGGAGGUACUAAAUAAAAAAGUAAAAAGAGAAGCCUCCUCCUCCUUCUAAACCUCCCUGCCCACUUUUAUAUCUCGAAAGAGCAGCGGUGGUUUUUUUUUUUCUGGUACACCUUGGUAAAAGCUAUCGGCGUGGCGGUGGAAAAAAAAAAGAAGGGAAAAAAAAGAAGAAAAAGAAAAAAAAAUACGCUCAGGCCCCCGAACCGUGUGUCUCCCUUUUGUCGCUUAUGGUCAAUGCAUUCAUUCGUUGACUAACUGUCUACUCGGUCAGCAGCAAGUACAGCAGCAGCUACAGCUACAUCAGCAGCAGCCACUAGAUCGCCACCGCACUCAAACAUACGGAGAGUUGAUCGCCGCUUUCGAACGAAACGCACAAAAGAGAGAGAGAGAGAGAGAGAAAGAAAAAAAAAAGCCAAUCACAUUCGCAAAAAUGUUCGCCGUUAUGCCCUACGAUACCGAGGAUAGGAGCGCGGCCUACAGGCGCCGCGUCGCAACGCCCCGUGCCGAUUUCGUGUGCAAGUAUUGCCAGCGCCGUUUCACCAAGGCCUACAAUCUCAUGAUUCACGAACGCAGCCAUCGUGACGACGUCACCUACACUUGCGAGGUCUGCGGCAAAACCUUCAAGCGACAGGACAACUUGAAACAGCACAGAACUAUCCAUGGUCCCGCUUAUCGCUCGACAGGCAUCUACAUCCCGGCCAUUUGAAGCACGCACGCUUAUUCGGAUAAAAUAAAGAUUCGCGCUAUCGCCCCCCCCCCUACCCUUUAUUUUUUUCUUUCAAGAAAUUGUCUCAUCCAAAUCUUUUAUUAUCGCAUAAUUAAUUAGAAAAAGUAAAAGAAAAAAAAACACACACACAAAGAAAAAAAAAGGUGAAAAGAAAAAUUCGAGAUUUUCUUUUUUUUUUUAAUUACUCAAAUUCCAAAACUAAAAUCCCUUAGCACAAAUCGAAAACGAUUUUUUUUUGGUACCCCUUUUGAUUUUGGUUAAUUCGAAUCUUGCUUCUUCUUUUCUUUGAUGCCAAUCGAUAAAAAAAAAAAAAUAAGAACUUCUCAUUUAUUCUUUCUGCGUGUUUCAUUUUUGCUGCCGUGUUUUGUAUGUGUGAAUGCAUCUGCCUUAAAAAAAAAAAAUGCGACGGAAUCCGUCCAGCCUUUUUGUACAUUAUAACUCCUCUAUAUGAGAGAGAGAAGAUGCCUGUGCCUCAAUCCGAUUCUUAUACCUUCGCAUUGACCAUUUUUAUAUGAACUUCUUUUCUCUCUUCAUUUGUUUAUUCCCCCAAUUCCUAAUUUUCCUCCCCAUGUCGUGAGUUGCACCCGGUGUGUUGUGAGAAAGAACGAAAAAAAAAAAAAAAACGGGCAGAUCGGCACCUUUUCUAUGGAAACAGUAAUUUUCUUCUAUCAUUUUUUUUUAUUGUACGAUUGGUGAUGACAGUUUUUUCCUUUCCUUCAAAACAAAAAGAAGAGAUCAAAAAUUAGCCAAUUUCAAUGCAACUCACUCUUGCUGCGGAUUUCCGUCAUUGCUGUUUCUCUUCUUCUUUCCAACCCAAAUCAUCGAGAAAAAAACAAACAACAACAACAACAAAACACACCAGUUGGAAAUUCGUCAAAAAAAAGUAUACAACUUAUUUUCCCCAGUUUUGAUACCAGAGAGUCACAUUUGUUUUGUUUUUUUAUUCCCCUACUUCUAUCCAUAUUUUUUCCCCACUUCCAUCUUUAGAAAAAAAAAUAAAAACAAAAGAGGAAUCUUUUAUAUCGUUUUCCCUUAGUACCCCUUCUAUCCCUUCUUGUUCAUCGCUUCCUCUCACCUCAUCGCAAUAUAAAGAUGUAUCGUUACUUUUCUUCAUAAAAAAAAGAAAGAAAAAGAACACAAAAAUCUCACUUCAUUUUUUUUUUUUCCUUUUUAUUUCUCUUAGCCCCGGUGUGAAAACGACCGCAGGUAGCACUCGAGUGUUUUUCUUUCUUUUUCUUUGAUUCUUUAUGAUAGAUCACACGUCAUUAUUCAUGUCCUCUCUGUCUAUCCCUCCCCUCUCUCCCUUCCGUAUUGGAAAAUAAAUAAAUAAAUAAAUAAAAGCCGCUUUUUCAUCCAA